AAAACACAUCAUCCAUCCAAACGCCGUCAGGAAGGCGAAAGAAAGGGUUUGAGAGAGAGAGGGAGAGAGAGAGAGAUGCAGAGCUUGAAGUCGGCAUCUCUGAUCAGGCGUAGUCUUCGCAUUUCUCCCUUCAAGUCCAGCUACAGAAGUCUCACCUCCUUGUCCACCAAUGCCCUCAGCAAUGACAGUGAUGACAUCGUACUCGUUGAAGGCAAAGCUUGCUCCAGAACUGCAAUUCUCAAUAGACCCCCUGUUCUCAAUGCCCUCAACACUGCCGUGGGUGCUAGGUUACAAAAGCUAUACAAAUCUUGGGAGGAUAACCCUGACAUUGGUUUUGUUAUGUUGAAGGGCAGUGAACGGGCAUUUUGUGCUGGUGGUGAUAUCGUUUCUCUAUAUCAUUUAAUAAAUGAAGGGAACAUAGAGGCCUGUAAGGACUUUUGUAGAACAGUAUAUGGUUUUAUAUACCACUUAGGUACAUAUUUGAAGCCACAUGUGGCGCUUUUGAAUGGUAUUACUAUGGGUGGUGGUGGUGGGGUUUCAAUACCUGGGACGUUCAGGGUUGCAACUAACAAAACUGUUUUUGCUACCCCUGAAACUUUAAUUGGGUUCCAUCCUGAUGCUGGGGCAUCGUUUUACCUUUCACAUCUUCCUGGUUAUUUAGGGGAGUACUUGGCUCUCACUGGAGACAAACUAAAUGGAGUCGAAAUGAUUGGAUGUGGGCUUGCUACGCACUAUUCACUAUCUGCAAGGCUUCCAUUACUUGAGGAACAACUUGGAAAACUUGUUACCGAUGAUCCUUCAGUCAUUGAAACUUCUCUCGGUACAUACAGCGAUGUUGUUUAUCCUGAUAGCACGAGUGUACUUCACAGGAUUGAAACACUCGAUAAAUGUUUCAGCCAUGACACAGUUGAAGAAAUCAUUGAUUCUUUGGAAAGCGAGGCAGCAAAAUCACAUGAUGACUGGUGUGCUUCAACCCUAAAGAAGCUAAAGUAUGUCUCGCCAUUGAGCUUGAAAGUUUCCCUGCGAUCUAUACGAGAAGGUAGAUAUCAGACUUUUGAUCGGUGUCUGGUCCGUGAGUAUCGAAUGUCUCUACAAGGAAUGUCAAAACAGAUUUCGAAUGACUUCUGUGAGGGAGUUCGGGCAAGGAUGGUCGACAAGGACUUGGCACCUAAGGCCCUUUCAUUUGAUUACCAUGAUCUAUAUGGCCUAUUUUUAAGCCGUCUCAAAACCGCAGUGGAACCCUCCAAUCUUGGAACAAGUAUCGACGGACAUGGUAGAUCAGUAUUUCUCCCCUCUUAGCGAAUGUGAGCCUGAUCUAGAGCUACCCACAAAACAGCGAGAAGCUUUCACAUAGCUGUGAAUGUGCUGGUCAUUUUUGUUUAUGCUAUCUGAGGCCAAGUGUUGAGAAUCUGCGGAUGGAUUAUAUUGGCGUUCCCUCCAGAGCUCUCUCUUUCUCUUGGGGACGAUCAGCUUCUUUUUGCAGAUUGUUUGGAAUAUGGAUCCUGGUAAACCUUAUUGUUUCUGUUACUGUAGUUUACUGCAAGUGUCAGUUAAUAAAAUGCCCAAAAUUUGGAAGAAGCUUUUCUUUGAGUGUGGUUGUAUAGUCUUUGGCAUCUUGUCCCUUCAUCACAUUGGAUGCUAUUUUCAGAGACUGGUGUAUAGAGCUUUUUGUGGGAGAUCAGACUAUGGCUUAUUGUUUUCCUUCCGGCAAUGGUUCAGUUUUCCCCUUCACUUCCUUUCCAGGAUUCCACUUGCCAUCAUUAGAAAUUGCAGGAAAUGCAGAUGCAUUUUGCAUGGAUUUGAGAACAUUUGAAUUCUUGUGAACUUCUAAGUUUUGAGUCAUUUUUCCUCUUUUCUUUUUUCUUUUUUCUUUUUUCUUUUUAAGAGCAAAGAGAACAUCAGAUGUACUAAUAAUAAGAGCAUUACACCCCCGCCAAGUCCCAAGAGGUGGAUAAUAAAAGUAAAUUACAAAAA